AUUGUUCGUACCGAAUUAACUAUUUGUAAAUUAUAUACCAAUCUUUUUAGCGAUUUUUCUACUCAACUGUUAUAUUGAUGCGAUGCUUUAACUUCUUAUUAUUCGGCACGACGCGUUUUGUGUACGGUUUUAAGUGUUUUUAGUGUUUUUUUGGUAUUUUAUGUGUGUCAUGCAAAUGGGGUAAGCUGGAAUUAUCGGAUGUCGCUUAGGUUGUUUUGGAUAGUUUAAAUAAGAAAAUGGUGUGAAAUUUAGUGUCCUAAACUGUGAAAAUGAAUACUGUAUAGAGUUUCUAAAUUAUUUAUCUACGUUUUAACUCUACUGAUAAACGAGAGCGGCUAUAAUUUGCUAAUGUUCCAUGCCGUGACUGUACUCCCUUACAUUUCAAAAUGGCUGCUGCUCUUCACGAUAUAUGAGCUUUGCGUCACUGGAACAUAAAUCAGUGAAUUGGAUUUGUGAUGAAAUUGUAGUGUUUCUACUCGUGUGAUCCUGUGUGAAAAAGCAAAAAUAAGCUUUGGAUAAAGCCCCAGACAUAUUUGGGGCGGGACAAUUGUGUUGUAUCAUAUGUUUUUGGAGUAGUGGACACUGACCAUAGGACUGAUAUUGCCUUGCGUCCGAGCUGGAUUGUAAUGUUGCGAUUGAAUUUCCAGGAUGAUUUGCGACACAUAAGGCUAGAAAAUUUGUGGAAUUGAGCGGAAUGUGACAUUGUAUGAGAGCAUGGCAGCGGACAGCGAUGGGCUAGGCUCGGCGGGCGGCGGGUCGUGCGGCGUGGUGGUCACGUGUGAAGGCGACCUGCGCGACCCCCGGUUCCCAGCGCGCCUGCGCCGCCUGCUGCGGGAGCUGCGCGCGCUGCUCGCCGAGCCGCAUCCCCAUACACUCAAAGUUAACAAGGUGGAGCCGUGGAACUCAGUGCGCGUGACGCUGUCGGUGCCGCGCGCGGCUGCGGCCCGGCUGCGCGCGCUGGCUGCGGCGGGUGCACCGCAGCUGCGCGCGCUCGGCAUCCUCUCGGUGCAGCUCGACGGAGACGCGGCAGUCUCGCUGCGGCUGCAGCACGGCGCGGAGCUCACCAUCAGCACAGCAGACGAUGCGAGCACGUCCCGCGCGCAGGCGACCCCGGAGCUGCUGGCCGGGCUGGGCGGCAUCGGGCGCCUGCUGGACGACGGCGCCUCCACCAGCGCGGAGCCCCCGCCGGCCGCGCACCAGCCCCCGAGGGACGCCUUCAAGUCGCCCAACACCGUGUGCCCCAUGGACGGCAAGAUACCGCACAACAUACCCACGCCCGCCACCGACCGCUGCGAGUUCCCCUUCGGCAGCAUGACGCAGGCGAGGGUCAUACACCGCAAGGAGAAUACUUUAGGUUUAGGCGGGCCAUCAAGUGGGAUAAGGCCGCCCGCGGACGGUAUGUUCGUGCGGCCGUCGACGUCUGCGUUCGCGGGCCCCCCGCCCCCGUACCCCGCGCAGCCGCCGCCCGCGCCCUCGCCCGCCCCGUCCCCCUCGCCCUCCGCGUCCCCCGCGGCCCCCGCCGCCUCGUCGCCGGCCCCCGCGCCCCCCUCGCUCCCCGCGCCCCCUGCGCCCCCCUCGCUGCCAUCGCCGCACACGGUGGCCAUGUCCUCGCCGCUGCUGGUGAACCUGCUGCAGAACGAUGCGCCCGCGCCGCAGCCCAGGUCGAAGCCGCCGCCGCAUCCGGCCAAGUUGGAUCGUCUCGACGAUGGACAGGUGGAGCUGGCAGUUGGACGGGCACCGUUCGAGUACCGCGCGGUGCGACCCACGGCGCGGCCCGGUCCGCCCCCGGGGGUGGGCCCCGCGCUGCCCCCGCCCCCGCCGCCGCCGCCCCGGGCCGCCCCCGCCCCCGCGCCGCCCCCCUCGCCCCGCCCCGCGCCCUUCGUGCGGCGCGCAUACCCCCCACGGCCGCCCGUCACCACGUCGGUACCGGCGGCGUCCCCCGUGGCAACAUAUCGUGCCCCCAACACGGUCCUCAACCGGGCGAGGUUCCCCCCGCCGGGAUUCGCGGGGGAGCCGCCCCCGUACCGGCAGGCGGCGCCGAGGCCCCGGGCCCCGCUCCCGCACCUGCAGCACCCCGCGCACCCCGCGCACCCCCCGCAGCACACGCCGCCCACGCCCCAGGCGAGGUUCACGCCGGAGGACCUGAAGGUUCUGUUGCCGCCGUCGACCACGUCGAUGGAUCAGAAGACGCGGUCGAGAUUUCAAGAGUUCCAGCGAUUUCAACAGCAAUACAUUGCAACUCAACGGGCGGCGUCGCAACCGGACUGGAACGAACCGUAUCGGGAUACGCUUGACCUUCCGGACCUGCCUGACAACUGUGACCUAGACCAGCUGCUUCCCACCCUCGGCGGUGACCUCCACCUCGACGACACCAUCUCAGAGCUCUCAGCCAUCUCUGAACUCUCCAACACCGAUAAUAACAAACUCGAGAAUAUUUACGAACAGAAACAAGAACAGUUACCGACGACAUCGGCUGAACAACACACUCCUGACUCUUUGUUACAAGAAAUCACCGGUGUCCAGUAUAGUAGUUCGAAUUUAAACGGUCCAUAUCCAGAACCCAGCAAUCCGACCACUAGUGGUCACACGAAUAUGAGCGAUGUGCCUUCAAAGGACUCUUUCACGACUACCAAUGAGUCCACCUUCAUGCCUCCUCCCCCAGUCCCGCAGCAGUCGACGUCAAAAGCGUUCGGGACGAAUACAUCACCCAACCACGUGUUAAGUCAUGUGCAGCAGACUUUCAAAUCCACGGUGAAUGCUUAUAGCAUAUCGCCUAGUAUAAAUUCAGACAGAAUGACACAGUCAAGUCAGUCUUCAUCCAUGCCUCCUCCCAUGAGGUUGCCCGUCAGAGCGACUACGUCAGUCUCGACAGCGACGGUUGGCUCCCAAGCCACAGCACAGGAAAUCGAGGAGCAGAGCAAACAGUACCUGAUCAAGACCCUAAUGAGAGACGAUGACACUCCGCCACCUAAAGAGCAGAAAAAGAUUGAGGAGGUAACAGUUGCGCAGUGUAAAUUAAGGGAGAAUUCCAGUGAUACGCCAGAAGUAUUCGGCAUAGCAAAAUCGACAAUAGCUGAAGACGAUGCGAAAAGUUCAGAGGAUGAUUCAAAAUUGAAAAAUAAAAUCAUCAAGAAAGACAAGGACGAUAAAUUUACCGCGAAAACUGGGAACCUUAGGACGCCAGGCGUAAAAGAGAAACCAGCUUCGCUGAAAGAUAAAUUUGUUAAAGAUGUUAAGACCAAAGUUGCCUUAUCACGGCCGAACAUAGCUAAACCGGCUACGCCUGCUAGCGAGGCUCCCAAGUCGCCGUCGGGAGAGAAGGAAUCAAUAAAAUUGAGGCUAAAAUUGGAUAAAAAUGAGCCUGUGUACAAAGCAGAUAUAAGCUUCGUUAAUCAACAACCUAAAGGUGAGAAACCAAAAGAAAGUGUGCCUAGGGUGCCACCACUGCAUAUAAGCCUUAAAGGUCCAAAUUCAGCGGUUAUAAAAAACUCUAAGAAAGAGAAGAAAAAGUUCAGCCCGGGUGAUCUGCAUACAAAAAAGAUCAAAAUCAGGAAAGCACUGGAAGGUGAGGAGAAAGUGCAUCGGAGAGAUUCUGAAGAAUCAUUAGCGUCAAAAUCAGGUGAGAGCACUGAAAACAAGACUGAUGAGUAUUUAGUCAAAAGUAUAAAGCUAAACAACCAUUAUAAUGAAAGUGAAACAGGGAAGACGGAGGUAACGGGCGAGAACAAUGUUGUCUAUAGAAUGAAGUCGAUAUCAAAGACAGCACAUAUAGUUUCCAAAUCACAUGACCACAAACUGAAUAAUAAAGUGCAGUUAGACAGUAUAAAGAAGAAAAAAUCGAAAAUACUUUGUGAUGGAAAAUCUAUAGAGAAGGAACGUGACAAAGAAUGGAGGAAUGAUAUGUUGGACAAAGAGGGGAAAUACGCGCAGAACGAGGGGUACAGAGAGUCAAAUAACCAUGAGGUUAAAAAGAAGUUACCAGCAAAAGUAGAUAAUGGUGCAAAUUGUGAUAUGAAGCCCAGUGAAAGUGGGAAAGCAGUGCAAUCAGACACAAAUAGUGACAAUGUGAAAGGUGCUAGUGAAUUGGACAGCAGACUACUGAAGUGCUUAGAACGGACGAUAAAUGAGGAAGACUGUAAGUUAGAACGGCGCGAUACAGACAAUAAACUAAAACGGACACUCGCCGAAAGUGCAAUUACCUCGCCCAAUGGGCUGCUCACUUCUGAGAAGAAGAGGAAAACCAGCCACAGUUCCUGUCCAGAUCCUCCCGGUUCGACCAACGUAGGCACGAUCGCGACGACACGCGUCGACUCGCCGCCUCCCGUCGUAACACAACGCAGCGGGGCACAGUCCCCAAGGCGCAAGGAACGGCCCAAAGACAAGUCUUAUUGUAAACUUAUGGCCGAGCGAGCCGCCAGGCCGGAAGAUAAGUUCAGCAACCGGUCGCCCAACUCGCAGGCGCAAGGCGAGGAUUCCGGCAUCGAGUCGAUGGAUGCGUUGUCGGAGAAGUCACCGAAUCAAGCCAGCCAAUCGCCGCCCGGCCCCCAGAGGAAGGAACGUCUGGAUAUGCCCCGAUCCACGAGCCCUACCUCUGUGCAAAGAAUAAUAGGCGUGCUAGAUCCGGCGCCGUCUUCAGACGAGCUGCUGGAGCGGCUGUCGAUGGCGACUGGGCAGCCGCACUACGAUCCCGGCCCGCCGGAUAUCGACCAUCUGGGGGACAUCGAGGCGGAACUCGCCAAGAUGCAUGCCGACCACAUCAACGGGGACGACGCCCCACGCCGACCCCCCGACGACUCGCACACCAGAGAACCCACGCCCAUCCUCAGGGACGACGAGAAGCGGACCCAGGCCGGCGACGCGGGCGACGGAGUCGUGCCUGAAAAGCGGGACGAAUCGAAGUCCGACCUCGACCAGGAUCGGAAAGACUCUGUAUCUCCGAAGAAGGAGGACUUCGACCCCCUACCGAGUAGGGUGUCGCCGCCUCUCUACACGUACUCGAAUCAAGAGAAGACCUGCGCCGUCGACCCGCCGGAAGUUAAGGAGGAGCCGCUGGCCGCGAACGGGGACCCCGACAAGCAUCGGACCGACGACGAGAAGCCCGAGCCGAAGAUCGAGCGGCUACCGUUGAAGGCCGACUUCCCCGAUAAGAGUCUGCUCGAACAGCUGCUGAUCGAGAUUCCAACGCAGGACUACGCGGGGCGGAGGCCGGAGUCACCGUCUCCGUCGGCGCUGGAGCGGGUCGCGCGCAGCAGCGUGAGGACGCGCUCCAGCAGCAAGAUGAACAGUCCGGCCGACGGGCCGCGCACGCCCAGGCUCAGCCCCGGCAUCUCCAAGCUGGAGCGGUCCGACUCGCCCGCGCUGCAGCAGAGGAACUGCUUACGCGGCGGCUCCGUCGACAAGACCAGUCCAAGGACGCCGACCGCCCCCGCCGCCCCCGUCGCCCCCGCCAAAAUCGUCCCCGGGAAGCGAAAGCGGCGCGAAUCGGAAAGCUCCGGUACGUCGCUCCUCAGCUGCGAAGAGGGAGUCUCGCAGGCGGGAAGGAAGAAGAAGCCGCGGCGGGUCGACGGACAGCGACCCCCGGUGGUCGUCGCUCCGGGCGUCGUCAAGCAGAAGAAAGACUCGGAUAGUGAUAGUGACGAGCCCCUGAUAUGUAAAGUGCGCGGGAAGACUGGCAAGGGAGCGCGGCCGGUGAAGGUCCCUACUAAGGGGCUGGAGGGCGUGGGCACGCGGCGCUCGGUGCGGCACGGGCCCGGGGCCCCGCCCGCGCCCCCCGCGCCCCCGCAGCCCGCGCCCGCGCCCCCCGCGCCCUCCGCGCCCGCGCCCGCCCCGCCCGCCGCCACCACGCCCGUCCGACGGAAAACCAGGAGUGCCGUGGGGGACGGUACGCCGGCGGCGGCUGCGAGCGCGGUCCGCCGGAGACGGGCCUCCCGCGACGGCAAGUGA